CCUGAUUAGUAAACCACCGUUAGUUUGUGGUUUCAUUAUGUCCGGAUGUGCUUUGCACCAGCGUUCGCACAACUUGAUUGCAAUCUAGGCAGGUGUUUUUUAGGAAACGCAGGGUGCUGCCGCCACACAGGCUGCUUUUUGGCAGAGAGGCACAACUCUGAGAGUGUUUGAAGGCAGGCGGAGAGAAUGAAGAAUUACUGGAUGCUCUGUGGAACCCUGGCUGUCUUUUGGGGAGCUGUCCUUGGAACAGCUUAUUAUGGGCUGGAUCAAGAUGAAGAGAAGGUCCUGGUUGAUAAUAAAUGCCGGUGUGUGAAGGUGACAUCGAAAUUCGUCCCUUCCAAAGACAACCCACAAGAGGAAGUACUGGAGAGAAACAUUCGCAUCAUAGUUCCCCUGAUGACCAGAGAAAACAUCUCUGACCCCACCUCACCAGUGAGAACCAGAUUUGUCUACAACUUCUCCAAGCUCUGUAAUAAAUGUGCUGCAACAGAUGACGAAGCCACAAACGACCACCCUGCGCCUGGGGAGAGCAGUAUGUGCAACGACCCCGACCAACCCUGCUACACCUACGACAGGAAUAAGUGCUACACGGCCUCGUGCCUGUUCUCGAACGGUGGGAAGACCGAGGUCAUCCAGACAGCCUUGACUCCUGAAUCCUGCUAUGCCGAUUAGAUCAUAGAGCUGAAUCAUCAUGCAGGGCAUGGUGGGGCAGAUCUAUGCCACCACAGAAACUUAUGUCGGCUUCAUAGUACCAGUUACAGCUUCCCUCAAGGGAUCCUGGGAACUGUAGUUCGGUGAGGGUUCACUGUUAGGGAUCCUUUGGGGUGGAGAAAUUCGAUAGGGUUCUCACCUAAAGGCAACCCCCCCCCAAUUCACAUUUUCCAUAAUGUGAACCGAAAAAAGCUCCCCUUCAAAAUUUGCACGCCUCCAAAUCACGCAGUGCAGUUCACCAGCCAAAUGACGCGUACAAAAACACACGUCCUGUGCUAAAAUCUACAUAUAAAUGUACGUUUUAGUGAAAAUAGCAUUAUGUUUGGGAAAUUGCUUUUGAGAAACUGGAUUCAAGAGUAACUGGAUUAAAAGAAAACAUAUGCGGCAGGAGGACUUCACUCAAAAAUUCCAAUGAGCUUUCAUGAGGAUUCUUUUUUAAAAUUGCAAACUGAUGCGGAAUUGUGCAGAAAUGAAUUUCAGAUUAGAAAAAGGAGAAUUGGAGAAGACAAAAAUGGACACAUUUGUCCACCCCUAGGGAUUCCGAAUGCCCCUCACAGAAGUACAGGCCUCUUGGUUGAGGGAAAUAACCGUAUGAAGUCUGUGGUGUAGAGACAUACCCACAUUGCCCUGCAUGCUUGAAAUUUAAAAUAUGUCUCUCUGUAUCAGCAGAAGGAUCUCUUCCUAUUUCCUCUCCAUAAUUUCUUGCAGUUUAUAGAAGUCUUUCCCCCCUAUCUGCAGCCCCUGCAUGUUGUCACAAUAAAUAUUGCCUUUCAUUGUC